AUGAGCGAUCGGGAUUACGAAACCUUCAAGCUUGGAGACUGGGAGCUGCAGAGUGGAGAGAAGAUCGUGGAUGCGCACAUUGCUUACAAGACCUUUGGCAACCCAGUGUCGCCAGCAAUCGUUUACCCAAGCUGGUUUUCUGGAAUGAUCUCGGACAAUUUCUGGCUGAUUGGCGAAAACAAGACGCUUGACCCGGCGAAAUUCUUCAUUAUCAUUCCUGCACUUUUUGGCAAUGGACAGUCUUCUUCACCCUCGAAUCAACCUAUUCCAGCGGCAUUCCCGGAAUGUUCCUUCUAUGACAACGUGCGCGCUCAGCACGAGCUCGUCACUAAGCACCUGGGCAUUACUCACCUGCGAGCUGUAGUUGGGUGGUCGAUGGGGGCCGCCCAGACAUUCCAGUGGGCCACCCAGUACCCAGAUUUCAUGGAUAUUGCUGUCCCAUUUUGUGGAUCCGCAAAGACCUCUCUUCACAAUCAGGUAUUCCUUGAGGGUGUGAAAAGCGCUUUGCUGGCCGCGAAAGAUACCCGCUCGGCAGGAUCUGGAGCGAUUGGAGUGCAAGAGAAAGAGUCAAAUGUCCGCACAUGGACUGCACGAGAGAAGGAAGUUGGCCUCAAGGCACUUGGAAGGGUUUACGCAGGCUGGCAAGUCAAACCCGUUGUUCUGUUUAAUAGCCCGUCUAACAAAUGUAUAAACAGGGGAUUCAGCCAAGCAUUCUACCGACACAAGUUGUACGAGACCGUCUUGGGUUAUCAAGGCCUUGAGGAUUUUUUGCAUAAUUUCUGGGAGACAUGGGCUUGCUCUAAAGACCCUGAAAACUUGCUAAUAAUGAUCCAAACCUGGCAAAAUGGCGACGUCUCCAAGCAAGAACCAUACAACGGAAAUUUCGAGAACGCAAUGGCAUCGAUCAAGGCCAAGACUCUGGUCUUGCCUGCGAAGACCGACCUUUAUUUCCCGCCCGAGGAUUCGGAGUACGAGGUUGCUUGCAUGAAGCCGGGAAUUGGAAAGCUAGAUAUAUUUCCUUCAAUCUGGGGCCACUGGGCAGGAGGACCUGGGGAUAGCAAGGAAGAUGUUGAGUGGCUGGAUCGGCAGUUGGCGGAAUUCUUUGCAGGAAAUUAA